UUGUUUACGUAGCAACAGGCAGUGCAUAGCAACAGUGCUGGGCGAAGUGGCUCUGCUGGUUUUAUCCAGUUCAAUGGAUCCUGCGUGUUACUGGUUCCCAGUUAGCUUCAAUAGCAUCGUUUGAUAUCCAGUGAGCCAGGGAGUUAGGGAGCUAAGGAGCCAGGGAGCCAGGGAGCUAGGAAGCUAGCUACCGGAGCUACAUCCCUGUUCUCCCAGUGAUGUCUGUCCCGGAGUUCCACCGUGACGAGGAGGAGGAUUUCUACACGCAGUGCAGGGCCUCGUACCUCGCUGUGUUCAAGUCCAGUCUGUCGAACAUCACGUCGAAGCAGCAGCUGUGUCGCGUUCUCCAGCAAGCAGGAAGAAAUCCAUCCCUUGCCACUCUCAGUAAAUACUGGACCCCAAGAACGUCCAAUCUGAACUUUGAUGACUUCUGUGAGAUUCUCAAGUGUGAGAAGAAGACGGAGGAAACGGAGCUGAUGACAGCGUUCCAAAAGAUGGAUGUUAACUGCGACGGCUUCAUCUCACACAGCGAACUGGAAACGGCCCUGACCACUAGUGGAGAAAAGAUGACGCCUGAGGAGGUGAAUUCCAUUUUCACAUUAGCUGACAUCAACAAGGACGGCAAACUAAACUAUGCGGAAUUCUGCAGAUUGCUGGUGUCGACAGUAGAACAGUGUCAGGUGGCAGCUAUCGAGAGGCUGGAGGCUGAUGCUAAGCUGAAGAUACAGAACUUUGGCAGUCAGUCAUACAGCCCUGCAAAGAGCGCCGUGUCAUCAGCCUCCUCAGCAGCAGCAGCUCAGCCUCAACCUCCAGAAACACCAGACUCGACAAUCAGGAAAGACAGCCGAUCUUCCUCUCGUCCGUCCUCGGCUCGCAGCCGACGGUCGUCUCUGGCGAACUCCAUCAAUAUGACCUCCAGCAGCUCCAGGUCCAGCAAAGUGCCAGAGCCUGCAGGCUUACAGGAGUGGCACCACAGCCACAUGAAAGGAUGUUUCUUCUUGGAGGAUGAUGGGAGUGUCGGCUCUCUGCAGUACCAGCUCCACAUCCCGCAGACAGCCAACGUCUACCUGACCAUCCAACCUCAAAGCCUCAGCCACAGACCUGACAAGUCUCCUCCCUGGAUGACGGUGGAUACGGCUCUUUUCAUUAUGUCGGCUGGUGAAGCCAAAGAAGACUCUGUAGUGCAUUUCACUGAGUCGAGAGACAAAGAGAAGUACAUUUGGAAAGGAGAGCUGAACUCUGGGACGUACUUCCUGCUUCCCUUCACCAGCGGCUGCAGACUUAAGAAAAGGAGCAAAAAUGAUCUUCCUGACAAACCUGUGGAGCUCGUCUACAGGACCGACUCUGGAGAGCUAGACCUCACCAGGGAGCUCAGGGAGGCGCUGUCUGAAAUCUUUGAGGUCAUAGACCUGGAUGGAAACGGACUCCUCAGUCUGGAGGAGUACAAUUUCUUUGAGCUCAGGACCAGUGGAGAGAAGUGUGACAAGGAGGCCUGGGCUGUCUGCAAAGAAAACUUUGAUAUGAGAAGUAAUCAACUGACCAAGCAGGGCUUCAUGGAGCUGAACCUGAUGGAGGCCACAGAGAAGGAUGGAGACCCUGCAGACCUGUGGGUCAUCCUGGAAGCCAUGGGCUACAACCGCAUGCUGGAGCUCGUAGAGGCUUGUCCAUUCCAGAUAGAUGUACACUGUGAAGACACGCCGCUGUCUCUCCAGCCCCUCAGUAUGGACACAGGACCCAAGCUCCUGAACCAGGCCCUCCAGAAGUCCAUCAUAGCCCGGACGGGGGCCAAAGCACUGAGGGGACUAGAUAAUGUUUUCAUCUACACCUACCGAGGAGAGCACAGGAUCUCCUCACUCAUAGCUAACAAGACUAAUCAGAAAGUGACGGUGCACAUAAACAACGAGCAGAACAGGAACUGCAGCAGCAGCAGAGGCAUGAGUGUGUUCGCUGUGGAGGUGCCGGCCCGGACCAAGAUGGUUUGCCAACACAUUCUACCCAUCAGUGACAAACAGGAUUGGACCUAUAAUUGUGUGGAGACGAUACUAACCUGCACAUGAAGAUGUGCUGCCAUGAAAGAUUUAAUGCUCAACUGUGCCACUGCUACAGAAAAGGGAUGGACCAAAAAUCUAAAAUUGAACCAGUGCUUUUAAAUAUAGGAUUCAUAGAUUGUUCUAUAUCCACAUCAAUGAAAAACAUCGUUAAUUGUUGGACCAAAUGAUUGUGAUAUGUCAUUUUACAAAAGAAACACUGCUUAUGAUUUAUUUUACAACAGCUUAGCGAUGUGUUUUCAGAUCCCAGCACCAGGAGCGGAGACAUUUGAUCAGACCCACCUGCAGCUCAGUGCAUCAGUUGUUAAACACUGAUGGUCACAGUUUAAAUAAGACUGAUAGUGGUGACCUCUGCUUUUGUGCCUUUGUUAUGUUUGACAUAUUGUGUUAAUGUGGAGAAUUUCAAAAUUCCCUUAAAAUUGAUCAACAUUAAAGACCAAAGGUUAAAAUGUC